CUUGAAUCCAAGGAACAGCCUCUUUUUGCCAUAUCGCGUACCAUGUCUUCGGAUCUUGCCAUCGUCUACGCUGCCCUCAUCCUCAAGGAUGACAACGUCGAAAUCUCUGCUGACAAGCUCCAGACUCUUACCAAGGCUGCUGGUUUGACCGAAAUCGAGCCUAUCUGGUUCAACCUCUACGCCAAGGCUCUUGAGGGUCAGGACCUUAAGGAACUCAUCUUCAACGUUGGCGCUGGUGCUGGUGCCGCUGCCGCUGGUCCCGCUGCUGCUGCUGGUGGUGCCGGUGAGGAGGCCGCUGCCGAAGAAGAAAAGAAGGAAGAAGAGAAGGAAGAGUCUGAUGAAGACAUGGGCUUCGGUCUUUUCGACUAAACAUGUAGUCAAGAUUGUUUCUAC